GUAUUUUCAUGCGCCACAUGUCAUGUCACUUAACAGUAGAAGUAUACACGAAUGGACUUUUCCAGUGUUGUUUACUUGGGUCGUGCUUUUCUAUUUCUUUAUUCUGCGAUCUUAAACAGUAUGCGAAGAAGAUACUUUCUGUUUACAUAGAGGGGUGCGCGCACGUAGAGUUGGAGUAUCACGCGCCCGUUUUGUGUUUGUGUGGGAAAAGAUGGCGGCUGGAGGCAGCGGCCGGGCCUCCUCCUCCUCUUCUGGGGGACUGGAAUCGGCUCUGGACCGCAAAAUGCAGCUCGUCACAAACACUAUGGAAUCUAUACAAGGAUUAUCUUCAUGGUGCAUUGAGAAUAAGAAGCAACACAAAGUCAUAGUGCAGUUCUGGUUGAAAUGGCUCCGGAGAUCUGGAAUUCCACAUCGUCUAAAUCUUUUUUACCUGGCCAAUGAUGUAAUUCAGAACUGCAAGAGAAAGAAUGCAGUUGUAUAUCGAGACAGCUUUGCAGAAGUGCUUCCUGAAGCAUCUACACUUGUAAGGGAUCCAGCAAUUCAGAAAUCUGUGGAACGAAUCUUUACUAUAUGGGAAGAGAGAAAUGUUUAUCCUGCAGAACUCAUUACUGUUCUAAGAACUUGCCUGAAUAAGACUCCGAACAAAGUGAGUCAACCUGUGAAGAAAACUAUCUCCAAAUCUGACAUUGUUGCUGAAUUUCGUCCACAAGCUCUCUUUGAUCAACUUUUGUUAUAUAAACAGUCCGAAGAUCAAGUAGAGUUGAAGGAGAAGCAGUUGUCUACUAUGAGAGUGGAUGUCUGUAGCACUGAGACACUCAAACGUUUGAAAGAUAAAGCAGGUGGCAAGAAAUUUUCCAAGGACUUUGAAGAGGCCAGUUCAAAGUUGGAAGAAUUUGUCAGUGUACUUGAGAAGCAGGUGAAAAGUGGUCCACCCCUGAUUCAAGUUCUGGAAAAUGCUGAUAUUUUCUAUGAGGCACAGUAUAAGGAAGUAAAGCUUGUUGCUAAUGCUUACAAAACCUUUGCUAAUCGAGUGAAUAAUCUGAAGAAGAAGCUUGAUCAGUUGAAAGCAAGUUUCCCUGAUCCUGAAGAAUCACCUGUCCCAUCUCCCAGUACAGAUGCCCCAUCUCCAACAGGUUCUGAGUCCCCCUUCCCAGGAAUGGGGGAAGGUGUUUCCCCUGGAACAGUGGAAAAUCUGACGUCCCCAUCCCCGUCCCCAUCCCCAUCGCCUGCAGAGGAUAAUCGGGAUGUAGAAGACAUGGAACUGUCGGAUGAUGAUGCAGAUCCAUCAAAAAUUAUUGUGGAAGAUAGAAAGGAGAAGACUGUUUUGACUUCAGCUCAUAUGGAUGCAGUCAAAAGUAUUUCAAGCUCAUCCACAGUUCCUACUUUUACGUCAGCUGUUUCACCAGCUGUUGUGUCACUUAUGGCACCUACUGUUACCCCAUUUUCUCCACCUGCUGUUGCUCCAAUCGCAUCUGUUGUUGCACCAGUUGUUGCAUCUGCUGUUUCUCCUAUUGCUAAAUCAACUGUAUCUCCAAUUCUUACACCGGCUGCUGCUGCAGUUACUACUACUGCUACAAUUAUUACACCUUUAGCUGCUCCUGUUCCUCGUGCCACUGCUCCAGUACCAGCUGUUGUGCCUGUUAUGUCCACAGUUACAGCACUGACUACCCCAGCUGUUUGCACAGUUGCUGCUGCUUUUGCUUCUACUGUCCCUUUCACUGUUUCUUCUACUUUCCCUUCUACAGCUGCUUCUCAGGCCUCUUCUACAGCUACUUCUCUGGCUUUUUCUACAACUGGGUCCACUGUCUGUUCAACAUCAUCUUUUGCUGCAGUUUCCUCUGCUGGUCCCACUGCUUCUCUUAAGGUGCAAAGUGCAGGAAUCUCUUCUGUUAAUUCAUCAUCACUUCCUCUUCCAAACCUGGCCAAUGUGGAUCUAGCAAAAAUCAGCUCCAUUCUCAGCAGUCUGACUUCUGCAAUGAAGAAUACAGGAGUAAGCCCAGGGGCUAAAGUGUCUCCAGUGACUCCAACCACCCCAACGACGAUUUCCAGUGGACCAAAGACACCAGUUCAAGGACCUGCUUAUGUCACUCAGCCUUCAGUAACAAGUGCCCACACUAAGGUAGAGAUAACACCCGAAUCCAUUAUUUCUGCUCUCUCUAAAACACCAGGAACAGCUGCACCUCCAUUGCAAGGUUUGUCACCUGUACUUCAUAAUGUUGCUGGAAAUGCAUCUGCCUCAAGUAGCACUCCAGCUCAGAACAUCUCAACAUCAGUAGCAUCAUCUGUUUCCAUUAUGAAAGAUACAGUUGUCCCUUCAAGUCUUCAUUGUUUUGCUCCAAGAACUGUUGCAUAUUCUCCUAAUUCUUCGGUUUCUGAAGUGUCUUCAACAUCUAUGAGUAAACCAUUGUUUGAAGAGAGUCCAGCCUUUUUAACGACCAGUUUUGAACCACUGUCAAGUUCAGUCAGCUUUUCUAGCUCUCUGCAGGAGAGCAUUCCUCCUCUAUUAGCAGAAGCUUCAAGUGAUUUACAGCAUCCCAUAGAGACUCCUAAAACAAACCUGGAGCAGGAUAAAAAGGACGAAUCAUCAUCUUCACCAUCAAGUCUAGAAAUGAAAAUUCAUAACUUCUUGAAGGGAAAUCCAGGUUUUAAUACUUUGAACUUGAAUAUUCCAAUUCUUAACAAUUUGGGACCCAGCAGUCUUGCAGCUGAAAGUUGUUCUGAUUUUCAUCGUGGUCCUACUAGUACAUCUAUGGACAAUGUGGACGGAACACCUGUAAGAGAUGAAAGAAGUGGGACGCCAACACAAGAUGAGAUGAUGGACAAGCCAACAUCAACUAAUAUUGACACAACAUCUUUGUUAUCAGUUAUUAUUAGCUCUGGAUCUACAACUCCCAGCAGCACAAAGUCACCUCUUAAGAACAGAGAUACUGGGUUUAAUCAGGAAUUGUCCAGCUCAGUGCCUUCCUAUAGUUCCUUUAACCAAGAUGUGGAUUUAUCUCCUAAUGCUUAUGGAUGGUCUACAGAUGAUUUGGAGAAACCCUCAUCACUGAUAAACUCCCCGCAGGAAGGAUUUUUCCCUGAUACUUCUUUUCCUGAAGAUGAAGACUAUCCUGACUUUGAUUAUUUUGAGCCACCAGAAGUUGCAUUAACAAAUCUUGAGAAAAAGCCUGUCAAAUCAAUACUGAAGGCAAGUAGAGAUUCUGAUAUACUUGAUGAGUACCAGCCAAUACAAACCAGCUUCAGUCAGAGAUCUCUGGAGUUUAGUGUCACAUCUGAUUAUUCUGUUCCAGUGAUGUCUUCCCUUGAUGAAACAGAAAUUUUUUCCAAUGAGCAGUCUCCACCUGAUAUUUAUAGUGAUUGUCUACCUAGAGAGAGUGACCAGGCAUCAGAGGUAUUAGCAUCACCUAGUAAACAUGAUAUAUUUUUCACGUCAGACUCCAAACAGAAUAAUUUGCCAAGAGCUUCUUCCACAGGUGCAUCUCAGAAGCAGUUCCCUGAUUCCCCUCACUCAAUCCAGCGUAGACAAACAUUUCAGUCUCAUAAUGUCCCACCAACUUCUACAGGUAGACCUCUUGUACCAAAUUUAGAGAAAAUAUUAAAUUUGCCUAUUUCAGCAACGACAACUAAUGAGUUUAAAAAUAUGUUGAAAAAUGCAUCUCGGAAGCCAUCUGAUGGCAAACAGGUUGUUCAGGGUUCUGUAUGUAUUGAGGAAGAUACCUUAGUUGGACAUGGUGGUGCUUCCCUUUCUCCUUUAGAACAUCAUGAACAAGAACAGUACCCCAUAGAGACCAGAGUGUCCUCUUCUUGCUUAGACUUGCCAGACAGUACUGAAGGAAAAGGAGCUCCUAUAGAGACAGUUUGUUACAAUAACCCACCCAUAAACAGAAUUCCUGGAGAACCUAUCCAGACAGUAGAAUCUAUCCGAGGAAUUGGUAAAGGAAAUAGAGGGCAUGGUAGAGAGAGUACAAGAGGAAACUGGUUUGAUUUAAGCAGUGAAGAUAAUUCAUUUGACAGUGAUCCUUCAAGUGCUUCUGAAUUGCCUGCGGUUGGUGGGAGCAGUAUAAUGUCUAGUUUUGAAUCCCAGUAUGAAGAUCCAAUACCGCAGUUUCAGGAACAUAUGAACAACUACAGAACCAGCAACUUUAAUUCUACCUUUGAGCAUCAGAUGCAUCAUUUGCCACGUCCAGUUGCUCCUCCUGUGGAACAAGGUGCUCCCUAUCAGAGAGAACAGGUUGGUCCACCUCCAGGGCCACCAAGAGAUUUUGGUGGUCCCCCAUCUAUCCCACCUGUAGAUCGUGGCAACUUGUUCAGUAUGGAUCGUUCAGUUCCACCUCACAGACCACCAUUGGAGCCAGUUAGUCCAUUUUCAAAUGAACCACAAACUCCAAUUCCUUUAACUCAUAUUACUAUACCUCCACCUUUACCUUUACCAUUACCACCGCCGCCACCACCACCACCUCCCCCUCCCCCACCUUUGACUGUGGAACAUGGUGGCAUUCCAUUUUCAGCUCCUCCUCCUGUAGAACUUGUUGGAAACCCAUUUUUAAAAGAUCAUGGUGCUAUGCGUCCAGGGACUGUAAAAGAACAUUUCACUAUGCACCAGGGUCCACCAAGGGACCAUAUGGCUCCUCCUCCGCGUGAUCUAAAUGUUCCCCCUCUUGGACGAGUUCAAGAAAAUAUAGUCUUACCACCACCUUCAGGGGAUCAUCACUUACCACCACAUUCUAAUCCUCUUCUUGGUCCACUUCCACCUCAGGAUCCUGGAUUGACAUAUAGACACCCACGUCCAGACUUCAGACCCAGAGGACCCUAUUAUGGCCCAAAAAGGCCUAGACUGCCUUUUGGAGGGGGGCAGUCUUUCUAUGCACCAAAACGCCCAUUCCUUCCUCCUAGGUACUGAAAGUGAGCAAUUUUGACUUUCUCAACUGCAACAGACAGUAGUUCAGGAAAACAUUUGUGUGAGGGUGUGGACGCUUAUGCGUGUGUACCUUUGUAUGUAUAUGUAUAUAUAUAUAUAUAUAUGUAUGUGUGUGUGCGUGCAAGUGAGAGAGCUUUCAUCUCACUGCUUCACUUGUGGAAAUGUAUAAAUAUGUAAUAUAUUGUUUUGAAAAAAUAUUGCAACAAAACAGAACUGGCUUCGAAUAGGGCCGACUUGUGUUCAGUUCAUUAGCAGACUAAAUAUUAAAUAUGUUGAAAAUAUUGGAAUAAAAUUCUGUCCAUCUGGUAUUUUGUAUUAAAAUCUGCUGUCAGCAAUGUCAGAGCAUUCAGAAGAACUGGGAAGAAUAAAAAUCCCAUUAUUUUAA